AUGCAAGCGCUGGGACAACAGUCUCGAGUGGCGCGGAAAGUCCGUGCGUACUUGACGAAUACAAAGCUUGGUCUGCUGUUUGUGUGCCGCCGCCGUGCCCACAUCCAGACAGAGCAUGGUGAGGCAUUGCAUGCUGUUCAUUGUACGGCACGCAAGCAGCUGCUGAUAUGGCUGCGCGACAAAUGGGCUGCGCAGCGAAUGGCCGCUCGGAAUGAGCACGGACACGCCAAGCGGCAGCGGUGGAGAGCUUCAUUUGCACAAGCCGACAGGCCGCAGAUUUUGCGCGACAUGUUGCCGCAAAUUCCUGUGAAGUUUGCACGUGCUGCACGUGACCUACUGGCAGGGUGGCAUGUCGAAGAGCCGAUUGUCAACGAGCCAUCGCCGCAAGCAUACAAGGGCACUGGUACUAUGUUCCGAUACAGUGGCUCCUUUAGCAUGAUUGAGCAUCAACCUUCCUUGGACCUUCUUGCGGCAGGACCAUCUGUCGACAUUGAUCUGCUCAGUGCCGGCCUACGAAACGCACCGCAGGUGCUUGCCAUUUGGAAUGACUUUCAAAGUUGGAUGACCGAGCUCGGCAACAAGUACCGCUUUGAACGGGUCAGCACCGCCCUGGAGCUCCACACAGAGGUGACGCUGCAACGCAGAGUGCCUUCCAUUCACUUGCACAUGAUGUUUGACACCCGCGACUCGGCAGCAAUGCGGGCUCUAGCACCGUACCUUCCUGGCCCAUGCACCCUCAUGUUGCGGCCAGGGCGACAAGUGCAUCUGUCUGGACAAAGUUUGGCAUUUCGUGGGUGCAAGCCGCACAUCUCCUUGGAUUGCUCGCAGGCUCGUGGGCGGUCAGUCCGUCGUGCACUGGAUCAAGGGCACUUUUAUCUCCAAGUCGAGAAGAAAGGGUCCAUUUUUCGCCAGACCACUUGCCCAGCAUACCAGACUUUCACAGUGAGCCCCGACUGGGUGACUGGACUUUGGCAGGGGGAUAAGAUUAACAAGGAGUGUGCCGGGCAGCACUACGUCCAAUGCAAGCGCAACAUUCGUGCUUACUGUGAGAACCUGAAGUACCAUGGCCAGAAACAACGGGAGCUGUACAUUCAGCAGCAGCAGGCUGCUGCAGCAGAGCUCUUGCGCCCACUGCAGAAAGAGCCAGUGGAACUACCAGAAGUGACGCAGCUGUUCUUGCCACAGUUCACGCGGCCUAUGCAUCGCCGAAAAUUCUUGGUGCUGAAUGGCCCAACGCGCCUGGGGAAGACUGUCUAUGCACGGUCUCUCUUUGGCGCAGAUCACACGUAUGAAACCAAUUGUUCUGGGGUGUUGGAGCCCGACAUGAGGGAAUAUGAUGUGCUACGGCACCGGUGUGUGGUGUUUGAUGAAGCUAGUGUCCAUCUUGUCUUGAAGCACAAAAAAUUGUUUCAGGCGCCGCCUGCCGAAAUUUCACUUGGGCACUCGGCGACAGGCAUGUAUGUUUAUCGCAUCUGGGUUUGGAAUGUCGCUCUUAUUGUCACAUCCAAUGUCUGGACCACCGAACUGGAGCAGCUCGCUGGAGAAGAUCGGGAAUGGCUAGAAGGGAAUGCGAUUCUCAUUCAGUGUAGCCAGCCCUUAUACAGACAAGACUGA